AUGGACCCCAAGCCGGCCCGGACUCCUCAGUCUCACACCCCUCUGGCGAAAGGCGGCCUGCUAGAGGGGAUGCUCACUGCCAACCUGGGACCCCAAGGAAAGCACUAUGUCUGUGGUUCUCUGGCUGCAUUUACCAAUAUAUUGGUAACUUUUCCCAUUCAAAAGAUACUGUUUCGACAGCAGUUGCAUGGUGUGCUUGCCACUGAGGCUGUGCAGCAGCUGCAGAGGGAUGGUCUCAGGAAUCUCUAUCGCGGUCUACUGCCCCCGCUGCUUCAGAAAAGCACUACAGUGGCCAUUAUGUUUGGCUUGUACGAGGACUUCUCUAGAGUUCUGCUGGACUUGGCUGGUGGAAACGGAGUGCCUGAGAUUGUUACAAGAAGCUUUGCAGCUGCUUUAGCUGGAACUACUGAAGCCAUCUUGACACCUUUUGAGCGUGUGCAAACACUGUUGCAAGACCAUCGCCAUCACGGGCGCUUCAACAACACGGCCCAUACGUUUCGAACACUUGUGUCACAGUACGGAAUCAGAGAGUGCUAUCGUGGACUGGUGCCAAUCCUUCUCCGCAACGGUCCAAGUAACGUGCUCUUCUUUGGCUUUCGUGGCCCCAUAAAGGAGCAGCUCCCUGUAGCUACCAGUCGAGCAGGGAACCUAAUCAAUGAUUUUGUUUGUGGUGGAUUAUUGGGGGCGGGAUUGGGCAUUAUGUUUUAUCCCCUCAAUGUUGUCAAGUCACGGGCUCAGUCUCAGGUUGGAGGAGAAUUCCAGUCAUGUAGCAAGGUUUUCCUGACAGUGUGGAGAGAGAGGGGAGGCAGCUUAACAAUGCUCUUUAGAGGCGCCCACUUAAACUACCACCGCUCACUGUUAUCUUGGGGGAUCAUAAAUGCUACCUACGAGUUUCUAUUAGAGCUCCUGUGA